GGCGCCCCGGACCGUCGGAGGCCGGCGCGCCCCUGCGUCCCCGAGCGGCGGGCUCGUCCCCCGGGUCGCGGCGCCAUGGGGGCGGAGAAGAAGCUGCUGCCGGUGAAGGAGGCCUUCCAGCUGGCGCAGCAGCCGCACCAGAACCAGGCGAAGCUGGUGAUGGCGCUGAGCCGCACCUACCGCGCGGUGGGCGACAAGGCCGGCUUCCACGAGGAGUUCGCUCGCCGCCUCCGGUACGCCAUGGUGGUGUACAAGCGGGAGCCCGCCGUCGAGAGGGUCCUGGAAUUCGCAGCCAAGUUUGUCACCUCGUUUCACCAGUCGGAUGCGGACGAGGAGGCGGAGGAGGAGGAGGACGACGGGGGCAUCUUGAAUUACUUGUUUACCUUUCUUCUAAAGUCUCACGAAGCCAACAGCAAUGCAGUGAGAUUUAGAGCGUGCCAGCUCAUAAGCAAGUUCUUGGGAAGCAUGCCAGAAAAUGCCCAGAUUGAUGAUGAUUUGUUUGAUAAAAUUAAUGAAGCCAUGCUUAUUAGGUUGAAAGAUAAAAUUCCAAAUGUGAGGAUACAGGCAGUUCUGGCUCUUUCACGACUUCAGGAUCCCAAAGAUGAUGACUGUCCCGUGGUUAAUGCAUAUGCUACUUUGAUUGAAAACGAUUCAAAUUCAGAAGUUAGACGGGCAGUGUUAUCAUGUAUUGCGCCAUCAGCAAAGACUUUGCCAAAAAUCGUAGGGCGCACUAAGGAUGUGAAAGAGGCUGUCAGAAAGCUGGCUUAUCAGGUUUUAGCUGAGAAGGUUCAUAUGAGAGCUAUGACCAUUGCUCAGAGAGUAAUGCUCCUUCAACAAGGUCUUAAUGACAGAUCAGAUGCAGUGAAACAGGCGGUGCAAAAGCAUCUUCUCCAAAGCUGGUUACGUUUCACUGAAGGAAAUAUAUUAGAGUUGCUCCAUCGGUUAGAUGUGGAAAAUUCUUCUGAAGUGGCAGUCUCUGCUCUCAACGCCUUAUUUUCAGCAACUCCUCUUAACGAACUGGCAGAAAUCUGUAAAAGUGACGAUGGCAGGCAACUGAUUCCAUUGGAAACAUUAACUCCUGAAAAUGCUUUGUAUUGGCGUGUCCUUUGUGAAUAUGUGAAAUCAAAAGGAGAUGAAGGUGAAGCAGUUUUGGAGCAGAUUUUGCCGGAGCCUGUAGUAUAUGCAGAGUAUUUACUAAGUUAUAUUCAGAGUAUCCCAGUUGUCAGCGAUGAAAAUAAAAGUGAUUUUUCCUAUAUUGGAAAUUUGAUGUCAAAAGAGUUUAUAGGUCAACAGCUGAUUCUAAUUAUCAAGUCUUUGGAUACAAGCGAAGAAGGAGGAAGGAAACGACUACUGGCAAUUUUACAGGAGAUUCUUACUCUACCCACAACCCCAAUAUCCCUACUUUCUUUUCUUGUUGAGAGAUUGCUUUGCAUCAUUGUAGAUGAUAAUAAGAGAAUACAAAUUGUUACAGAAAUCAUCUCAGAGAUUCGGGCACCCAUUGUUACUGUUGGUGCUGCUGAUCCAGCUGAUGUAAGAAAGAAGGAACUCAAGAUGGCUGAAAUAAAAGUUAAACUUAUUGAGACAAAAGAAGCUUUGGAAAAUUGCAUUAACUUACAGGAUUUUAAUCAAGCAUCAGAAUUAAAAGAAGAAAUAAAAACAUUAGAAGAUGCCAAAAUAAAUCUAUUGAAAGAGAUAGAGCAACUUGAAAUCAAAGAAGUCCACAUAGAGAAGAAUGAUGUUGAAACCCUACAGAAGUGUCUUAUUUUGUGCUAUGAAUUGUUGAAGCAGGUGAAUAUUUCAGCAGGUAUAGGUGCAACCAUGAAUGGCAUCAUUGAAUCUUUGAUUCUUCCUGGAAUAGUAAGUGUUCAUCCCGUACUAAGAAACCUGGCUGUUUUAUGCUUGGGAUGCUGUGGACUACAGAAUCUGGAUUUUGCAAGUAAACACUUCGUAUUAUUGUUGCAGGUCUUACAAAUUGAUGAUGUGACAAUAAAAAUAAGUGCUUUAAAGGCAGUCUUUGACCAACUAAUGGCAUUUGGGGUUGAGCCAUUUAAAACUAAAAAAAUCAAAGCCCUUCAAAGUGAAGAUGCAGAAGUAAACAAUGAUGGAGACCAAGAGUUCAAAGAAGCUGAAGAAGAGACUGCCACAGUCAAGAAUGUUCUGAAACUUCUUUCUGAUUUCCUAGAUAGUGAGGUGCCUGAACUCAGGACAGGAGCUGCAGAAGGACUAGCCAAGCUGAUGUUCUCGGGGCUUUUGGUCAGCAGCAGGAUUCUUUCUCGUCUUAUCUUGUUAUGGUACAAUCCUGUGACUGAAGAGGACGUUCGGCUUCGACAUUGCCUGGGCGUGUUCUUCCCCAUGUUUGCUUAUGCGAGCAGGACUAAUCAGGAAUGUUUUGAAGAAGCCUUUCUUCCAACUCUGCAAACACUGGCCAGUGCUCCUGCAUCUUCUCCUUUAGCUGAAGUAGAUAUCACUAAUGUUGCUGAGUUAUUUGUAGAUUUGACAAGACCAAGUGGAUUAAAUCCUCAGGCCAAGAAUUCACAAGAUUACCAGGCCUUAUCUGUUCAUGACAAUUUGGCUAUAAAAAUUUGCAAUGAGAUCUUAACAUGUCCAUGUUCACCAGAAAUUCGAGUCUAUACGAAAGCCUUGAGUUCUUUAGAACUCAGUAGCAAUCUUGGUCAAGAUCUUUUGGUUCUGUUGAAUGAAAUUCUGGAGCAAGUAAAAGAUAGGACAUGUCUGAGAGCUCUGGAGAAAAUCAAGAUUCAGUUUGAAAAAGGAAAUAAAGAGUUUGAUGACCAGGCAGAAGCAGCACAGGAUGACAACGUGACUAUGACUCCUUUCCAAGUUGAAGAUGAAAAAAGUAAAGAAGCAUGUAAAACUUCUCUCAGGGAUGUAAAAGCAACCGGAGCAUCAAAAUCCACUCAGCAAAAGACUAACAGAGGGCAGAGAAAAAGGACAGCCUCGACUAGGAACAGGAGACGCCGGGCUGCGGAGGUUGACUCUGAGAGUGAUCCUGAAAUUCCAGAGCCAGAAUCAGAAAUGAAGAUGAGAUUGCCAAGACGAGCCAAAACAGCAGCACUAGAAAAAAGUAAACUGAACCUUGAACAGUUUCUCAAUGAAGAAAUAAGUUAGAGGAGAUGAUGGAGGUGAAGUCCUUUUAACCGUGUCCUUUCAAAGUACGUUCAGGUCUCUACUUAAGUUACCCUUGUAUCAAAAUUAGAAAAUGUAUUUCUGAUGUCUUGUAAGAUUUUGUGCGGUGUGAGUCCACAUUACAGUGGCCUGUACUGAAGCAGGACAGCGCCUGGCCCUGAGCUCCCAGAAGCCUGCGUCAGUGCCGUGGGAGCAGCCACAUGUGGGGUGGGCCUAGGAACCUGCUCCGGACCCGGCUGCUCAGGCCGUGCGUGCGCCCUCACGUUCUGGACCGCCUCUCGGUGUCGCUAGCUCUAGUAGCUGCAUCUGAGAAGCUCGCAACUUCGAUGGGGCGUGUGUACCCAGCAUAGAUGGACACGCUUCAGGGCACGUUUAGAAAGGGACAUCUAUCUCCAGGGCAAACGAAGUAGCACACACUGGCUCGAAGGGGCUGACUGUCAGGGAGGGGGGCUAGGACAGUGAACCCAGAGUCGCCAGCCAUCUAGGUUGAAUGGUUCUUUUGAUGAUUUUUGUGGUUAAGAACUAAGAACAUUUUGGCUGUGCUACCUGAAUGGGUAAUUUCUCUUCUCACCAUAUCUGCAUACAGGAGCCCUCGUUUGCUUAAGUUUCUGAUGGUGUUUCUUGGGUUAGGGAGAUGUUCACAUAUACAUAUACAAUUACAUAUAUAUAUAUAUAUAUAUAUUAAUUUUAGUAAUCUCUACACCAGUGUGGGGCCUGAACUCAUGACCCCAAGAUCAAGAGUCUCAGGCGCUCCUGACUGAGCCAGCCGGGCGCCCCCACAUAAAUACAUAUUCAUUAGGGGUUGCUUGCUUUGUUUCUGGCGUGACAAUACUUGCUGUGGAUAACAGGACAGUUCUAGCGGGACCGUGUGACAGGAAGUCCUUUAUGAACUGGCUUAGGAGCGCGGUCUUCACUGUCAGUUUCAUGUUUCUCCCCAAAUUGGCACUCCCCUGACUUGUGGAAGUCCACCUACGAACUCCGUCCUCUGUCCUUCUGCAACACUCAGCAAAACAUGUUUUCUUACCCCUUUCAUUACCUUUUCUCUUGGAUUAUCCAGAAUAGAAAUGUCCUAACAUUGGAUCUGUUUUCGUAGUAAUUGUGCUUUUUACGAUUUAGGCCAUUUAUUUGAGGUGAUGUUCUAAGAUAGAGCUAAAUUAAGAUCGUUUGUGCUUUUUAGAACCCAAUUGCCGUAUUAUAUACAUAUAUGUGCUUUGUAAAACUCGGAAAUACAAAAGGAGUCUGAACGAUACCAAGUAAGAAUGCUUGUUAAGCAAAGGAAAAGGCAGAUGUGGUGGUGGCGUAAAACAAUAAAACACAGGUGCCUGUCUUUCA